AUUUUGAGAUGAAGUUAAAGUUGGUAUGUUUAAUUUAAUAUUUAUUUUUUUUGCAGAUUUUAUUAGGGCGUUCUAUUGGUAAGGUAUGCAAAUUAUAUGCUUUUUUAAAUAUUAAGUGCACAGUCUUGAUAAAUGUAAAACAAUCCGAAAGUGAAAGUAAUGGUAGGGGCGCAGCAUUAGUUACAAAGCGAAGUCUUGGUGUGUGGUUUCUGCCCUCGUUUAUUUGUCUUGACAGACUUUUUUCUUGGCCAAAAAUAAUUCUGGCUUGAGUGCUGAAAACCGGCUGACCCUUCGAAGACUAAGAUGAGCGGGUUUUUAGAUGUACUAUAUCAGAUUUCCCAACGUCUGAGUAAAGAUAACUUGAACUCUCUCAAGUUUCUCUGCGUGGAAGAUAUAAAAAAGAAGAAGCUUGAGCAGAUCCACCAGGGCACGGAGCUGUUUCAGUGUCUAAUCGAAAUGAACAAGAUUGGACCCGACAGCACGGAAUUCCUCCAUUAUCUCCUCGGACAUAUUGACAGGCAAGACCUCAUAGAGUUACUGCAGAAGUUUGAAAGAGAUGGACCCGCCGGACUAAACGACAAUCAGCCCGAUGUGAAAGAGAGAGAAAAGCUGGAUGCUGCUUUUGGAGUCAUUGUUGAAAACAUGGGGAGAGACUGGAGGAUGUUUGCCAGAAAGUUAGGCAUUACUGAUGCCAAACUGGACCACAUUAGGGAAAAACACCCAUUCAACAUGGAGGAGCAGGUGAGAGAGGUUUUGAGAGUGUGGCAGAAGAGCAAGGGAAAGGAAGCCAAGGUCAUGGAUUUGAUAGAGAAACUUCGCGAGUGCAAGAUGAACCUCACGGCUGACUUUGUAGAGAAAGAACUGGACUCAAUGAAAAACUUCUGCUGAAAAAGCAUGGAAUGAAGCUUCACCUGUUCCUUUGCACCCUACGUAUGCUGACGCCGAUCCCUACUCAAAUGUCUAAAUUCGGUAUUUAUUUCUUUAUCUCCUAAAGGUAACAAAAUUUAGGUUUACACAUCCUGGAUCUGGUGAUAAACAGGUUUCACAGGUUUACAGGAGUUUACAGGUAUGGGGAAUGCACACUCCAGGUGGUGCUGUUGUGCAGGAUUCCCUUAUUGUUUUCUGCACAGACCUUUCACUUUUUCAGUUUAACAGCAGAAAAUGAAGAGAAUAAGAAUGGUUGGACUGGUGCUCUAUUGCCUCAUUCUCCAUGUGUCUUCAGCCGAUUCUUCUAAAUGUGGAACAUAGCAUUGAACUGUUUCCAUUUCCAAAAGCAAUAUUAUGUUUUUUUUAACAAUACAUUCAUUUUAAUUUCUGUGAUUAAAAUAAAAUAAUCAUGCACUUUGA